GUGUGGACAUAUGGGUCUCUCACUCAACCAUAGGGCUUGCAUAUCAUGCUACAAAAAUGUGAUACAUGAAUUUUUGUUUUUCGCUUAUACGUAAUUUUUACGCAGAUUUUUUGUAAUUUUUCACAAAAUUUUUAUCGCAUUUUUGUUACUUAGUUGCGUUUCGCCCUGCUAUCUAUCAUCAACUUGUUGUUUCCUGUUUUUGGUUAAAAAUGGAACAUGCCCACAGGACUGCCCUCACGGAAACCGCGGACGAUCUGAGGAUUGAAAAUCAGAAUUUUUUGGGAGGAACAUGGAUCAUAGGAGCAAUAUUAUUGAGUUUUUUCUUAUUUUCUUUUGUAAAAAGAGUUCAAGUUUUGUUAAAGGAAGACAAAGGGCUACUCUCUGAGGUUCUUUUAAUGCUAGUGUGCUUUUUGUGGACAUACUUUGGGACAAUUCAGAUUAACAAAGCCAGUGCCUGUCAAAAGAGUGCUCCUUACUUAUUUUGGGCAGUGUUUACCUUAGUUACUACCAUUUGGUGUUCUAUCAUAGGACUAAUUUUAAGCCUGAUGAUAAUAACAAUAGGCUCCUUUUUUGUUGUUCGGUCGAAGGUAGAAUAAAAUGUAAUUCUUUUGUUUUUAAUAAUUUUGGAACAUUGCACAUUUCGAAGGAGAAUAAAGCAGAGGAACACAAAAGGGAAGAAAAACGCACAGCAUGCUUUUAAAGUUACAUUUUUUUACCUUUUUUUUUUUUAUCCUUUUUGUUUUGUUGUUCAUUCUUGCUUAAAUUUUAUAAAAUUAAAAUUUAGUUAGAGGACGUGGCGCAGUAGUGUUUGUUCACGUAUACACACGCAAGCAUGUAAAUAUAUGUGCACG